AUGAGCUCCUAAAACUAGUUAGUCCAAGGAGGCACCAUCCAAUAGCAACAAAUAUUGCAGCACAGGCAUCGCUCAUAUGUAAAAAGUUAGGAGCGUCUUGUCAAUAUACUUGAAGACAAUGCCCUUGUCAUUCUCAAAAAAGAAAAACAAAGGUUAGAGAAGCAAGUUAACAAUCGCAAGCUUAAGAUAGAAUAGCAACAAGAAAAUAUAUAGAAGGCAGAAUCUGAACUGAGAAUGAUUCAACAGUAGAUAGAGUUCUUCAAAUAUGAAUGUGAUAGAGCCCUCGAAAACAUUAAAGACUCUUAUAGAAGAUUAACAGAAGAAUCAGUAUCCGAAUUAUCUAGGAUUAAAAAUCCACCAUAGAUCUUGCAAGAGGUAGCUUUUAAAUUUUAAAUGAUGCUAACAUCCUAAGAUCAGUAAAAUCAGGCACCAUAAUAAUAAUAGACUUGGCAAGGCUUUCAGGACUUCACUCGAAAUUACUCUAAAGUCAAAGAUUGCAUGUAUAACUUUGUGCCUGAAGACCUGAAGGAGCAUACUUUGUCUUAGAUCAUGCCCAUCUGGAAAUAGCAUAAUUCCCUUUCAUAAAAACUGAUAAAACUGAGUUCCAAAGGAAGCGCCAAGAUAGUCCUCGAUUUUAUUUGCUUUAGUGUGGAGUACAAACUUAAAAAAGACAUAUUCAAUCAAUCGAGUGACGUUACUUUGCCCGAAGUAUAGAGUAGAUUAAAUUCAUAUCAAGAUUCCAAGGAUAAAGAUUUAAAGUAAAACUAGGAUGAUGAUGCUAAUAUUGAGAAUGUUGAGAGAUAUAUAAAGGAGAUAGAGUAAAACAGUCAAAUCAAAGAGAGGGUUAAAGAGCUAUCUAAGGAAGCUGUGAGGAAGUUUAACAUGCAAGAUCACUAUGAAGUGCUGAUUGAUUCAACGGUUGAAAAAGACUAGCCUAAGACCAUCUUGAGGUAUAAAAGAGAAGGAAAGAGGAGUUUUCAAAACACCACUAAUGGAAUGCCUCAGGUGUCUGAGAGUGUAAAUAGCCAUUACCUGGAUGUAAAAGACAGCUUUUAGAGUUUCAAUAAUCCUUAGUCUGCUUUUGUUGGAAACAUAAAUUAAUUAAGCCACAAUACCCAGAGCAGAAUUCUUUUCAAUGCUAUUCAGGCUCAUGAUUUGAGCAAUAUGUCAGCCAGUUUAACCAAUCAGCUGAGUGAUAGACAAUUCAAUCAGUUUCAUAACCUGGGGGAAAUUGGUGGUACCUUUGAUAUGAACAAUCCCUUACAUACUACCCUCUCUCCUUAAAACAAUAUUCUUUAGGGCUCUGCUUAGAAUCUAAGACCUAAUAAUAAUUCAAUAACAUUCCUCAGUCGCUAAAGUAUUCAGCCUUUUCAAGCUAAUGCUAAUAACAUCAAGGUAACUGCCAACAGAGAUAUGAUGCUACUGCAAGGAGGAAUCAAUGUAGGAACUCCUUCCUCCUCUGCACUAGUAUCAUCUAGGACUAACUAGACAAAGAGUGUGCAAGAUCUUCACGCUAUCUAUAGGAAUUCAAAUAAUGCUGGUAGUAGUGGUAUUCCAAAUCUGAUAAUUUCUCAGAAUACUAACAGCAAUAAAGAUUUCAUCAAUUAGUUUACAAUAGAUCCAACGUCACUUCCCUAUCAGUCAGCUCACAAACCUAACCCUUAAAGUUUUCACUAGGCACAAGACUAUGUCACAAACUCCAGUCAAAACAUGAUUUAAAGAUCCAAACUUCAAACUCCCGACCCAAUGAGAGGAACGUUUCUAUCUACAACCACCGGCAACAAAUUUUCAGCAAACAGAAAAGAAUUCGAAUUCUCAGAUCAGUAAUAGUUUUAACAGUCUUCUCAUAGAGAUAAGAAAUCCAAUCUUCUGAUAAGGGGUGGAGCACAUUCUUAGUCUCAAUAUAGUUUGUUACCGAUUAAGAAGCCAGUUAACGAGCAAGCCAAAGUGAAGAAGCUAAGAUUGAAGUCUUAAGACCACAAUUAGCAAUAGCAGCAAUAAUAGCAGUAUCAGUCCCAAUACAAUAGACACUCAAUGAAUCAGUACAGAAGGAAGGAAUCUUCUAGCUUGGAUCAGGAUGAAAUAAUAAAUAGCAGCAGUAACUUAAAUGAAGAUGAUGUCGAUGAGCAUGAUGCUAGUCAUUAUAGAAAUUUAGAGUAAGUUGAUAGUAUGGUCUUAUUGAUGACUAAUAGAAUGAUAUAAGAAGAGAUGCGAGAUUAUAAUACGCAAGAGAAGUCUCAUAGUGCUUUUGAAAUGAUGACAUCAUGCAGAACAAGACUGAAAAAGUUCUUCUGCUAUUAUUGA